CGCGGGCGGCGCACGCGCAGACUCGGCACGCCUGCGCCUCAAGGCCGGUCUCUAGCCCACGGGCGCUCGGGAUGUUUGUCGUUACCAUGGAGCUGCUGGGGCACUCAGAACGCCGCUGGUCCCCCAGGCAACCCGGGAGGACCAAACCGCACCGAGGUGGCCGCGGCGAGAGCGGCUGCCAUGGUGUCCAACCCAGUGCAUGGCCUGCCCUUUCUCCCGGGCACGUCCUUUAAGGACUACACGAAAACAGCAUUUCAUAGAAGCCAGACGCUGGGCUAUAGGAACGGCUAUGCAGUUGUUCGACGUCCAACAGUUGGGAUCGGUGGGGACCGGCUCCAGGUCAACCAGCUGUCCCAGGCUGAGCUGGACGAGCUGGCCAACAAGUUUCCAGUCCUCAUGUAUGGCCAGCCCAAGCAGGCCCCACCUGCAGAGUUUGUUCCUGCGCAUGUGGCUUUCGACAAAAAGGUGCUGAAAUUUGAUGCCUAUUUCCAAGAAGAUGUUCCUAUGUCAACUGAGGAACAUUACAGGAUCCGCCAAGUGAACAUCUACUACUAUCUGGAAGACGACAGCAUGUCUGUCAUGGAGCCCGUCGUGGAAAACUCUGGGAUCCCUCAGGGCAAGUUAAUCAAACGCCAGCGCCUAACCAAGAAUGACCGGGGAGACCGUUACCACUGGAAAGACCUAAACCGAGGAAUAAACAUCACCAUUUAUGGCAGAACUUUCCGCAUUGUUGACUGUGACAAGUUCACACAGGUAUUUUUGGAAAGUCAAGGAAUUGAACUAAAUCCACCAGAGAAGAUGGCUCUUGAUCCUUACACUGAACUCCGGAAACAGCCUCUUCGUAAGUAUGUGACCCCAACAGAUUUUGAUCAACUCAAGCAGUUUCUCACCUUUGACAAACAAGUUCUUCGAUUCUAUGCAGUCUGGGAUGACACAGACAGCAUGUUUGGCGAAUGUCGGACCUACGUCAUUCAUUACUAUCUUAUGGAUGAUACGGUGGAAAUUCGAGAGGUCCAUGAACGGAAUGAUGGGCGAGAUCCCUUCCCCCUCCUGAUGAACCGCCAGCGCGUGCCCAAGGUUUUGGUGGAGAAUGCAAAGAACUUCCCUAAGUGUGUGCUGGAAAUCUCAGACAAGGAGGUGUUGGAAUGGUAUACUGCCAAAGACUUCAUCGUCGGGAAGCCACUCACUCUACUUGGGAGAACUUUCUUCAUUUAUGAUUGUGAUCCAUUUACUCGGCAGUAUUACAAAGAAAAAUUUGGAAUCUCUGAUUUACCACGCAUUGAUGUGAGCAAGAAGGAACCACCUCCUGUGAAACAGGAAUUACCUCCUUAUAAUGGUUAUGGACUAGUUGAAGACUCUGCUCAGAAUUGCUUUGCUCUCAUUCCAAAAGCUCCCAAAAAAGAUGUUAUUAAAAUGCUGAUGAAUGAUAACAAGGUGCUUCGUUACUUGGCUGCACUGGAAUCCCCCAUCCCAGAAGACAAAGACCGCCGAUUUGUCUUCUCUUAUUUUCUAGCCACUGACAUGAUCAGUAUCUUUGAGCCUCCUAUUCGCAAUUCUGGUAUCAUUGGGGGCAAGUAUCUUGGCAGAACUAAAGUUGUCAAACCAGGCUCCUUGGUGGAAAACCCCGUCUACUAUGGCCCCAGUGACUUCUUCAUUGGUGCUGUGAUUGAGGUAUUUGGCCACCGGUUCGUCAUCCUUGAUACAGACGACUAUGUUUUGAAAUACAUGGAGAGCAAUGCUGCCCAGUAUUCACCAGAAGCACUCCUGUCAAUUCAGAACCGUGUUCAAAAGCGAGAAGCUCCUGCACCAGAAUUGGACAAGGACACAGUGAGAAAGCGCUGGCCGUGAACCAGGAAGAGAGCCCUCACUAUCCACCCCAUGGAAUCUGUGGCACCAUGAGAUCUUGGACUUCUAGCCUCCAGAACUGUGACCAAUACAUUUCUGUUGUUUAUAAGCUACCCAGUCUCUAGUAUUUUGUUAGAGCAGCCCAAAUGGACAAAGACAGUUUGCAAACAUUUUCUCCCAUUCUGUUGAUUAUUUUGUUUUGUUGAUUAUUUCCUUUUCCGUGCAGAAGCUUUUUAGUUUGAUAUAGUCCCACUUGCUUAUUUUUGUUUUUUUUUUUUGUUGUCUGUGCUUUUUGUUGUCCAAAAAAAUCAUUGCCAAGAACAGUGUCAAGGACCUUUUUCCCUAUGUUUUCUUGAGUUUUACAGUUUCAGGUCUUAUGUUUAGGUCCUCAGUGCAUUUUGAGUUAAUUUUUUUUGAGUUAUAUAAAGUAGGGAUCCAGUUUCAUUCUUUUGCAUGUGGAUAUCCAGUUUGCCCAGGACCAUUUAUGGAAGACUAUCCUUUCUUCAUUGUAUAUUCUUGGCACCCUUGUUAAAGAUUAGUAGACUGUAUAUGCGUGGGCUUAUUUCUGGGCUCUCUGUUCUAUUCCAUUGGUCUGUGUCUGUUUUUAUGCCAGUUCCAUACUGAUUUGAUUACUAUAGCUUUGUAGUAAGUACAGUUGGAAAUCAGGAAGUGUGAUGCCUCCAGAUGUGUUCUUCUUUCUCAAUAUUGAUUUGGCUAUUUGGGUUUUUGUUUUUUUUGUGGUUGGUUUUUUGUUUUGUUUUGUUUUUUUGUUUUUGUAAUUCCAUACAAAUUUUAGGAUUUUUUUUGUCUGUUUCUGUGGAAAAUGCCAUUGGAAUUUUGGUGGGGAUUGCAUUGAAUCUGUAGAUGGCUUUGGGGUGGUAUGAACAUUUUAACAAUGUUAAUUCUUCCAACUCAAGAACACAAAAUAUCUUUCCUUUUGUCUUCUUCAGUUUCUUUCAUCAAUGUCUUACAUUUUUCAGUGUGCAGGCCUUUCACCUCCGUGGUUAAAUUUAGUCCUAAGUAAUUUUUUAUAUGCUAUUAUAAAUGAGAUUAUUUUCUUAAUUUUUCUUUUGAUAGUUCAUUGUUAGUAUUUAGAAAAGCAACAAAUUUUUGUAUGUUGACUUUGUAUACUGAAUUUGUUGAUUAGUUUAACAGUUUUUUUUGUAGCGUCUGUAGCAUUUUCUAAAGACUAAUAUAUGAUAUUAAGAUCAUGUCAUCUGCAAACAGAAACAGUUUUACUUCUUCCUUUCCUAUUUGGAUACCUUUCUUUUUUUCUUGCCUAAUUUCUCUGGCUAGGUCUGUGUGGAAUAGAAGUGGCAAGAGUAUGCAUCUUUGCUUCAUUCCUGAUCUUACAGAGUGGGCAUCACUGUCGUGUUCACUACUGGAUAUGAUAUGGGCUGAGGGCUUGUCAAUGUGUGGCCUUUAUAAUGUUGAGGUACAUUCCUUCUGUGCCUAAUUUGUUAAGAGUUUUUAUCAUGAAAGGAUGUUGAAUUUUGUCAAAUGCUUUUUCUGUAUCUAUUGAGAUGAUCAUAUGAUUUUUAAUCAUUCUGUUAAUGUGGUAUAUUGAUUUGUGUACGUUGAACCAUCCUUGCAUAGUAGGAUAAAUCCCACUUGAUCAUGAUGUACAAUCCUUUUAAUGUGCUGUUGAAUUCAGUUUGCUAGUAUUGUGUUGAGGACUUUUGCAUUUGUGUUCACCAAGGAUAUUGGCCUGUGAUUUUCUUUUCUUGUAAGAGUCCUUGUUUGGCGUUGAUGUCAAAGUAAUGCUGGCCUUGUAGUAUGAAUUUGGGAGUGUUUCCUCCUCUUCAGUCUUUUGGAGGAGUUUGAGAAGGGCUGGUAUUAAUUCUUCUUUAGAUGUUUGGUACAAUUCACCAUGAAACCAUCUGGUCCUGGGCUUUCCUUUGUUAGGAGGUUUUUGAUUACUGAUUAAAUCUCUUUACUUGUUACUGCUCUGUUCAUAUUUUCUAUUUCUUCAUGAUUCAGGCUUGGUAUGUUUUAUGUUUCCAGGAAUUUAUCCAUUUCUUCCAGGUUAUCAAUCUGUAAUUAUCCAUAGUAGUCUCUUCUGAUCCUUUGUAUUUCUGUGGUAUUAGUUGUAAUGUCUCCUCUCAUUUCUGAUUUUCAGUGUUUUUUUUUUUUAAAUUGAUAAAGCUAAAAAAGUUUGUCACUUUUAUCUUUUUUUAAGAAAACAGCUCUUAGUUACAUUGAUCUUUUCUUUUUUCUAGUCUCCUUUAUUUCUGCUCUGAUCUUUAUGAUUUCCUUUCUUCUGCUAACUUCAGGCUUAGUUUUUUCUUUUUCUAGUUCCUUGAGGUAUAAACUUAGGUUGUUUAUUUGCCUGCACUGAGCGGCUUGUGGGAUCUUUGUUCCCCAACCAGGGACUGAACCUGGGCCACAGCAGUGAAAGCACGAAUCCUAACCACUGGACCGCCAGGGAAGCCCCUCUUUUUUUUUAAUGUAGACAUUUAUUGCUGUAAACUUCCCUCUUAGAACUGCUUUUGCUGCAUCCCAUAAAUUUUGGUGUGUAGCACAGGGGACCCUUGACCAACAGUGCAGAUUGAACUGCACAGGUCCACUUAGAUGCAGAUUUUCCAGUAAAUAUGUAUUACACUACUACACGAUCCUCGAUGGGUUGAAUCUGUGGAUACAGAAGAACCACAUAUUUGGAGGGCUGACUGUAAGUUAUACACAAUUUUUGACUGUGCGGAACAAACCCUGCUUUGUUCAAGGGUCAACUGUAUUUCCAUUUUUGUUUGUUUCUAGAUAUUUUAUUUCCCUUUUGCUCUUCUUUGAUUUCUUCAACAUACUACUUUUAAAGAGUCUGUUUCUAAAGCAUAUUUUUAUUGUUUUUAGUAAUAUUUAUAGCCACACCGUGCGGCUCGUGGGAUCUCAGUUCCCUGACCAGGGAUCAAACCCGGGCUCUCGGCAAUGAGAGCACAGAGUCCUAACCACUGGACUGCCAGGGAAUUCCCAGAUAUAUAGUUUUAGAUGAUGUAACAUAGAUGAUGACACUCACGUGACUCCCACAAACACCUGGCCAGGGGGUGGUUGUGGGGGUAGGUUUGGCUCUUUGCAGGGAUUGAGUAGAUGGCAGCAAGGGAGGCUGAGCCCAGUCAGGGUUCCUGCCGUGAGCUCAGCCGCCCACCAGUCCCCGCAGGCCAGCGUCCAGUUAUUGGUCAGCUCCACGUCAAAGCUGUUUG